GAGAAGAGCCGGCGCUUCCCGACCCGAUCAGCGCAGCGAAAAGGGAAAACGAGGAGGGCGGGAGGCCCCGAGGCCGAGUCCCUGCCGCUGGGCCCUGCUUCCCGGGGAGCCGCCAGGCACGGCGGUCGGGGCGCCGCGCUUUGUUACCGGCUGUGAGAAGCUCCGGCCGCCGCCACCGCCGCCGCUAUCGCCCCCGCCCCGGGGCGUCGCUUCCCGGCGGUUCUCGCCUUCCUCGGCCGAGUAGUCGAUCUCCCCCUCCUCAGUCUUGAGGCGCUUGGCCUGGCUCUCGUACUCCCGAUCCUCCUCGUACGUCUCCCUGGGGGAGGAUGAAGAAGAGGACAUGGCGGCGGCCGGAGGGACCGGCCGGCUAACGGGUGGGGGUGGCGGCGGGGCGCGGGCCUCGGACGCCGCCGGCCAGUCCCCGUCGCGGGCAGCGCCUCUUCAGCGAAGGUCUGCGCGGCCCGGCUGUCCGCGUGGGCCGCGCGCCCAGAAGCCGGGUGGGUGCGGAGAGUGCGCGGGAUGAGGAGGGCGCCCCGGGAGGAGGCUCCGGAGCGGCCGCUCCCCUUUAUCACGGAGCCAACAUUCAGCCUCUCCCUCCUCCUCCGUCUCCGCUCCCAGUCCCGGGGAGCAAAUCUAAGGAUGGGGACGCGACCGUGGCUUCCGGUCUUCCCUCCUCCCCUAAUCCACUCCUCGCCGCCCAGGCCGAGCCUCCACCCCCACCUUCGCGGCCGCCGUGCAGGAUCGAAUCCAGCCUCAGCCCGCGGGAAGCGCGCCCCCCCAAGCCCGGGCCUCGCUCCCUAUUGGCAGAGAGAAAAGUCGACCAGGCUUCCAAUUGGCUGCAAGGGCUGUUCGUCAAAAGCCGCCCACGGCCCGGCCUCGCCCCUCUCCCUGCACCUUCCGAACUCUCAGCUGGUUUGCUAGUCCUGACCGCUCAAUGCCCGCAGCGUCCGGAUCUGGAGCCGUGGCUACCCGACGGCCAUUAGCACUGUUGGGCCAACUGGAGAUGCUGUUAUCAGGCACAUCUGCUUUGGGUCUGGAGCUGCCACUGUGUUUGGCCUCUUCAAAAAAAUAAUAAUUUGUGACAGAUCUGCAAAAAUAAAUAUAUUGACCCUAGAAGGAUAUCUGGUAUAUGACCAGACAAUGACAGGAGGAAUCUGAAAGAGAAGAGUGCCAUAAAGAGAAGUCUCUUGGAUUUGAGUAAUCUCUUUGCCAAAGCUUUAAGGCCAGGAAACAAAGGUUUGGCGGCGGGAGUUCGAAGGUCCUGGAGAAGCUGCACACCCCUGGCUUUCCCCAUGGUUUCGGUGACCAGAGCCGUUUUUGGAGACCUGCCCUUGGGGGCAGGGACGGUGGAGAAGUUCCAGCUGCAGUCAGACCAGCUGAGAGUAGACAUCAUCUCCUGGGGCUGCACCAUCACGGCCCUGGAGGUUAAAGACAGGCAGGGCAGAGCCUCAGACUUGGUGCUCGGCUUUGCUGAGUUGGAAGGAUACCUCCAAAAGCAGCCCUACUUUGGAGCAGUGGUUGGCAGGGUGGCCAACCGAAUUGCCAAAGGAACAUUCACGUUGGACGGGAAGGAGUAUCAGCUGGCCAUUAACAAUGGGCCCAACAGCCUGCAUGGAGGAGUCAGAGGGUUUGAUAAGGUCCUGUGGACCCCUCAGGUGCUGUCAAAUGGAGUCGAGUUCUCACGGGUCAGUCCAGAUGGUGAGGAAGGCUACCCUGGAGAGUUAAAAGUCUGGGUGACAUACACACUGGAUGGCGGGGAGCUCGUGAUCAACUACCGAGCACAGGCCAGUCAGACCACUCCGGUCAAUCUGACCAACCAUUCUUACUUCAACCUGGCAGGCCAGGGUUCCCCGAAUAUAUACGACCAUGAAGUCACUAUAGAAGCUGAUGCUUUUUUGCCUGUGGAUGAAACCCUGAUUCCUACAGGAGAAGUUGCUCCAGUGCAGGGAACUGCAUUUGACCUGAGGAAGCCAGUGGAGCUUGGAAAACACCUGCAGGAGUUCCACAUGAAUGGCUUUGACCACAAUUUCUGUCUGAAGGGAUCUAAAGAAAAGCGUUUUUGUGCACGGGUCCAUCAUGCUGGGAGCGGGCGGGUACUGGAAGUGUACACCACCCAGCCGGGGGUCCAGUUUUAUACGGGCAACUUCCUGGAUGGCACACUGAAGGGCAAGCGCGGAGCACUCUAUCCCAAACACUCCGGUUUCUGCCUUGAGACCCAGAACUGGCCUGAUGCAGUCAAUCAGCCCCACUUCCCUCCUGUGUUGCUGAAGCCUGGUGAGGAGUAUGACCACACCACUUGGUUCAAGUUUUCUGUGGCUUAAGGAAGUGUAAAGAUAUGACCUGCUCCAGGGCUAGGUUUGGGAGCCCCUUCAGCAGCCUGUCACCUAUGCAGAGAUGAAGAUUGAGAGGCUUUAAAAGUGAUCCUCUGAAUUAAAAUCAUACAAAUGGUAGCUGUCAUGAUAGUCAGUCUGAAUAGAUUUCCUUCCCAAAGACUGGCUCCAGGCCAUGUCUAAUGAUCAGCUCUAUUCUCCGUGCAGUGAAGAGGACCCAGCCAUCCAUGUCAUCUAAGCCUUGACCGUAGCCCAGAAGUGGUAACUGAGCUCCUUGUGUUGGCUCCAUCUCUCCAUUCUGCCUCUUUCUUUUCUACUUUUCACCCUUUCUUUCUUUGAUCCUACUCUCAUUCCUUUUCUUUUUCCUCCUUCUCUACCUCACACCACCUUGCACUGUGCAGCACUUUGGAGUUUUCAGAGGUCACUUAGCUCAUUCAACCUGCUGGCAGAGGGACCUCUCUGCCCCGAUACAGCAACAGAUUAUGAAGUGAGCCAGCUGAGGCUUAGAGGGGAUAAAUGACCCACCUAGAGGCACAGAGCUAGGAAAAAUUUUAGCCAGGACUCGAGGUCAGGUCAUGUGAAUUCAGGUCCCCUUCUUUGCCUCCACUCAUCUUCCAGAGCAUUCCGAGCAUCACUGAUAGGCAAAGGGGGAUCUGACCCUUACUCUGUUAGAGCCAUCCUUUCUUCCCAGAUUCACUUUUAUAAGAAGCUUUAGUCUGCCUCUGAGCCUUACAGAUGGUGUGACUUAAAGUGCAAGAUCAAAAUGUCCAGAAAGAAUCUGUAAAUUUGAUUCUCUGACUUUGCGGUUAACUGAGAAAGCCCAGCCCAGCCAAGGCAUGGGAAGGAAGCCAUUGGAGACAGGAGCUGUGUUAGUGUGAGAGGGCCUUGACUGAGGAUUGCACAUUGCACUGAGAACAGAUGUUGUGUUAUGUAGAUGAGCCUGGGCUUCCCUCCUUUCCUGAAUAACUGAAUCAUCAGUGAUGGGUUUGGGUUGGUGGGUUUUAAAGAAAUGUAUCUUAUACUAUUAUACGCUAAUAAUCGGUUGAAAUAAAAUCAAAAUCUGCAUCUUCAGGAAACUCCCAGUUUCUUCACUUUAGAUCUGUCAGGCAUGGACCUUUGGGAAAUAGACCAAAUAUAAACGGUGUUCUGGAUUCUACCAUACUCUCCAAUACAGCCCCAGCAUCUUCCUAGAGGAACACUACUUAAAUGGCAGCCUAUGGAAAUUCCUAUACUUCCCCUCUC